CCACGUUUACUCUGCCGAAUACAGUCUCCGUGCGUCUCUGUACCAGGCUCGCUAUCCCCGCCGCGUCCACUGACUCCGUGCGACGAGCAAAGAAGUUUGCCGUCUCCGGUAUGUCCUUUUCGUCCGCCAUUUUGUUUUGUCUUGAGCGCGUUACCGUAGCAACUCGGGGUGGAAGGUCGAAUGUUCUAAAUAAAGCGCACCCAUGGCGAGCUGGAGUGCUUUUCGGAGUUUGUACGAGAGGCCGAUCCUUACCGGUGUUCGGUGGGCCUCCAAGAAGGCAGCAGGCAGCACUAGGAAUGGCCGAAAAAGCGCCGGACGCAGACUAGGACUGAAGUGUAGUGAUGGAGAGUCUGUCAUUCCUGGUAACAUUAUUGUGAGACAGAGAGGUACAGCCUUCCACCCUGGAGCCAACGCGAGUUCUUUCGCCUUCACUCCUGCUAAUUAG